AAACAAAAAAAAAAAAAAAAUGUCCGAAAAAAACAAUUUAAAUGAAAAUAUGUUAAGUGAAAAAGAAAAAGCUCUUGCCGGACUUCCAUAUUCAGGAUUUUCCGAAGAAUUAAUUAAUGAUCGGUUUAAAGCUAGAGAAAUACUUUAUAAAUUUAAUAAUUCUAAACCAAUUCGUUUUAAAACUGAUGAAUAUCGUGAAAGAGAAAACAUUUUUCGACAAUUAUUUGGUAGUGUUGGUAAGGAUGUUGAAAUUGAACCACCAUUCUAUUGUGAUUAUGGAUAUAAUAUUCAUAUUGGGGAUAAUUUUUUUUGUAAUUUUAAUUGUACAAUAUUGGACUGUAAUAAAGUUGAAAUUGGAGAUCGUGUUCUAUUUGGACCAAAUGUUUCACUUUACCCCGUAUCUCAUCCUAUACAACCUGAAGAAAGAGUAAAUGGUCCUGAACUUGCGUUCCCCAUAAAGAUUGGAAAUGAUGUAUGGAUUGGUGGUGGAGUUACUAUUUGUCCAGGAAUUACCAUCGGAGAUGGGGUAACUGUUGGUGCAGGAUCUGUGGUUACAAAAGACGUUCCGCCAUAUGUAGUAGUUGCUGGUAAUCCUGCUAAAAUAAUUAAACAUUUAGAAAGAAAAACAAAAAUUUAAAAUAAAUUUUAUUUGUUAUUAUUAAAUUUAAAACAAUGAAUUUAUUAACCCUGUGUAAUUAUAUAAAAUCUGAAAUAAUUAUUUCGAAUUUUUAUAAAACUACUUAUUCGCGAAGCAUCCCAA